UUUAGUAAUUUUUAAGGGGAUUUAUGUACAAAACUUUUCUGCCGUCUAUGGCUUUUAGUGUUGGCUCGAAAGUAGAGAAAGAGGAUGAAGAAGUGGCCUUGGCGUGGGAUGAGGUUAUAUGGGAGAAGAAGAAGCAAGAAAUGGCUAGAAUUGAGCCAAAGAAGAUUUUUAUGGCAAGUGAGACAGAAAAUGUGGCGAGGCCUUAUGCCAACGAGAAUGGUCCAGGAGGUAGUUCAGUAGAAGAUCAUGGAAGCUCUAUUUGGGAAUAUAUUCCCAGUUUCCCAGACGCUCCUCCCCAAGAGUAGUUAAAGCUUAA